UUUUUAAUAUAAAAUGUAGAUAAAAAAUUAAUCAAUAAGCAAUUAGAAAUUAAGAUUAAGGAAUACAACAGACAUAUUAAAAUGAAAGAAUUGUAUUUGUAAUGCGUGAUAAAUUCAUAGAGAACGUGAACACAUGAAAUGUAUAGCGAGAGAAGCUAUCUGUGAUUACAUCGGAUCGAUCUAGCGUGUUGCGCGAUUGUUCUAAUUGUUCCAAGUAUAAUGGCUGCGCUCGAAUGAAACGCGGAUCUUUACCUUCCUCCCGUCAUACACCAAGCGCAAGCUGGUCCCGGGCUUGUCCAAAAUUCUAGUGCGCUCAACCGCCUUUCUCUGUCUCUCUCAAAUGACCGAACGGAUCCGCUUUCUUGUCGGACGCAUCGAUGUAACAGCGAGAAGAUACCGCUCGGUGCCGCUUCAGGGAAGAAAUCGCGUCAGCGAAACCUGCUACUGCCAGCAGCCGAAGAAUAGCGAGCGACCAAACAAAAAAUAAUAGAGCUAGAGAUUAAAAAGAAAUUUUCUUGGUCCUUACUUUCUCGUGGAUAUAUACUACACGCAGGAAGAUCCACGUUCGAUCGACUGUCCAUCCUCGAGAGUGGAUUCAGUGGAAAGGUCAGUGAUGAAGGGUCGAUGAAGAAUCACUUGGCAUGGCCACGCAAGUCAGCACCCGAAACUCGGAGGUAAACGCUCUCGAGCAGCGGGGAUAUCUCAUCGGCAAAAAAAUCGGACAGGGCUGUUACGCAACCGUCCAUCUGGCAGAGUAUAUCGAUGGAACGAAUUCCAAGAAGAUGCGUCUGGCUUGUAAGAUCUUCGACAAAAAAAAGGCGCCGGACGACUUCUUGAACAAGUUCUUUCCCCGCGAACUCGAGAUUUUAACAAAGAUAGAAAAUCCGCAUAUUAUUCAAGUGCACAGUAUCCUGCAGCGUGGUCCGCGCGUCUUCAUCUUCAUGCGUUACGCUGAUAACGGCGAUCUGCUGGAUUUUGUGAUAAGCAACGGCAGAGUGCCGGAACAGCAGUCGCGGCUCUGGUUUCGUCAGAUGGCAUCCGGCUUGUACUAUCUGCACAGCAAGAACAUUGCCCAUCGUGAUCUCAAGUGCGAGAACAUCCUCCUCUCGCGCAAGUUCAACGUAAAACUGGCAGACUUCGGUUUCGCCAGGUUCUGCGUAAACCACGAAGGUCGGCGGGUCCUCAGCCAGACUUACUGCGGCUCGGCCGCCUACGCUGCGCCGGAGAUUGUCGCCGGGAUCCCGUACAAUCCGAAAUUGGCGGACGUGUGGUCGCUCGGCAUCAUCCUCUUCAUCAUGCUCAACGGCAGGAUGCCGUUCGACGACGAGGACCUACGGAAGCUCCUCAAGGAUCAGAAGUCGCGCAACUGGGUGUUCAGAUCGCGCGUCCGUGACACCGUGUCCGUGCUGGCCAAGAACAUUGUCCGGCAGAUCCUCGAGCCAGACAUCACCCUGAGGCUGACUCUCGAGAAAGUGCUAGGUCACGAGUGGAUGAGAGCGAGGAAGGAGGGAACCAACUCGCUCGCCGGAAGGCUCGUCCAUUCAGCUCCACCGAGUCAUACUCCGAUGUGCGGAGGUGGUAAUCUGAGCGGGUCACGUGCAAGAACCGAGAAUGUACCUGUCACAGCGAGAACACACUCUUUAAGAAAAGAUUCGGAAAAUCAGAAUCAGCCGUCCUCAAAGACGAUAAAUAUUUCGGGAAAAUUGCAACUGCCUAUCACCGUUGGAUAAGACAAACAUUUAUGAACAUUUCAAGACAAUACGCAAUUAGAACAACGAGAUUAUACAAGCUAAUAAUUUCUUAAAUUUAAUCAUUUUUUAAGAUAUUUACACGAAUCUUUAUACUAGUAUUUUUUUCCAUUUUCUAUUGAUUACAGUCAAUCAAAUAUGUGCAAACUUACAUGCAUGUUGAUAAUGUAUUAUGUUAUUUUAAUAAAAACAAAAAUUUAUAA